AUGAAAAUAUUGAAAACCCGCUGCAAUCAAAUACAAAUUCGAAGGGAACGAAAGAACCUUCUGACAGCACUCAAGCAAUGUUUUGAUGCCAAACGUCAAUUGAUUUUUUCCCGGCUGCAGGUGGAGUUACUGGAGGACGCGUAUUUGAAGUUCGGUCUUGCAAUAUCCACAAUGAUCGAAAUAGACGGGAGCAUAUUGGAAGGGGGUGGCCAAAUACUCCGAAUUGCGCUCAGUAUGAGCUGCCUCCUUAAAACUCCAAUUCGAGUUUCAAAGAUUCGUGCCGGUCGCCCGAAGCCAGGCCUGUCAGCUCAGCAUUUGCAUGGCGUCCAGUUGUUGAAGUCCAUGUGCAAUGCCACUGCGAAGGGUGAUGUCAUGGGAUCGACCGAGCUGGAAUUCCAUCCGGGCGACAUCACUUCUGGGAAGUUUAAUGUAGACACGGGAACUGCAGGGAGUGUUGCGCUUUUACUACAAGUUGGAUUGCCAGUGGCACUUUUCGGGAGGAGUACCACAACGCUGGAUCUGAAAGGAGGAACUAAUGCCGCAAUGGCACCACAGAUUGAUUACGUGACAGAAAUCCUCCGGCCGAAUUUAGAAAAGAUGAAUGUAACAUUUGAUUUCGAAUUGUUCAAACGUGGGUACUUCCCCAAAGGCGGUGGACAUUGUGAAAUUACAGUGCAGCCUGUGAAAACCAUCUUACCAUGUAAUAUUACAGAGUUUGGGAGGAUACAAGAAUUCUUCGGAUGGUGUUUUGUUGCCGGUUCGUUGCCUUUACAGAUGGCGAAUAAUAUGCGUAGUGCAGCCAGACGACUGCUACAAGGAUGUGAUAAUCAACAAAGGGAAUCGAUAAGAUAUAACAUCUUUUCAUAUAAAGAAGAACCAGAUGUGGCCGAGGGAAAUUGUUCGGGGCUUGUAUUAGGCUGUCUGUCAUCAACGGGGUGCAUAAUUGGUGGUUCAGCCCUGGGAUCAAGAAAUGAGAAAGCGAAUGUUACUGGAGAGAAAGCUGCCAAUGAAAUUUUAGGUUGUUUACAAUAUCAAGCAUGUGUUGAUUCACACACUCAGGAUCAGCUUAUCAUCUACAUGGCUCUAGCUGAUGGCCGAAGCAGAAUUCGAACUUCACCUUUAACCCUUCACACGAAAACGGCCAUCUACAUUGUUGAAAGUAUGACGAAGGCGAAGUUCUAUACAUCAGAACAAAGUGAUGGUGCCGUUAUAGUGGAGUGCGAUGGAAUUGGAUACAAAAACAAAUAUUUAUAAUUAACAUGUACUUCACUUCCUUCUUUGGAGACUAGACUUUAAAACCCGACCCUUUAUUUAUGGAAUAAAAAAGUAUACUUCUCAAUGUAUUGUGUUCUGUUGAGAUGCGUUUUUCAAACUUAUUUUCC